UAAGCACACGAAAAUAAAUCGCGGGAAAGAGAAAAAAUGGCGGCUGAUGAGGCAGGGAGCUGUGAGUGUGAUUGCACUUCGUGUCUGUGCCCCCCAGCAGCACCGGCGACCCCGCUUGACUGAUUGCUCUGGGAAAGGACUUCUGUCGAUCCAAGGGGAAAGCGUCACUUUCAUCAGAAAGACUGCAGUGGAGUGGAAACGUGUGCGUCUGUGUGAGAGAGAGAGACAGAAAGGCAUUAGGAGGAGCUGAUGGAGAAAGGCACAUUGGAACCACAACGGAGAGAUGUUGGUGUCAUCUCCAAAUGCAUCCCAAAGAUUUCUAACAAAUCUCUGCAAAAUGGAACAGUGCAUAUGGAACAAAAUUGUGCAUUUACUGAAGGGCAGUAUGUCUUGUCCAGAUGGACAGAUGGUUUGGUCUACCUGGGAAAAAUCAAGAAGGUGAACAAGCAUAAACACAGUUGCCUUUUAGUGUUUGAAGAUAAUUCUGAAUUUUGGAUUCUGUGGAAAGAUAUACAGCAUGCUGGUGUUCCUGGAGAAGAGCCGAGGUGUAACAUCUGCUCGGAGAGAUCAUCUGCAGCACCUAAUGAAAUUUUGAUUUGUGGCAAGUGUGGACUAGGUUACCAUCAGCAAUGCCACAAUCCAAAAGUAGAUAGCACAACAAAUGUAUCCACUUCACCCUGGUUUUGUCGGCAGUGUAUAUUUGCAUUGGCUGUCAGGAAAGGAGGUGCUUUGAAAAAGGGACCGCUUGCUAAAGCUUUGCAGAGUGUCAAACGAGUUUUGCCGUACAACAUGGAUGAACUUAACUGGGAUUCUCUGCAUAGAACCAACCUACAGCAGUGUUACUGCUACUGUGGGGGACCUGGAGAGUGGUACCUGAAGAUGCUCCAGUGCUGCAGAUGUAAGCAGUGGUUCCAUGAAGCCUGCACCCAGUGUCUGAAUGAGGCCAUGAUGUUUGGAGACAGAUUUUAUUUGUUUGUCUGCUCAGUGUGCAAUAAAGGACCCGAAUAUAUAAAACGCCUACCCCUGAGAUGGGUAGAUGUCGUGCACCUUGUUUUAUACAAUUUAGGGGUCCGUGGAAAAAAGAAAUACUUUGAUUUUGAAGAGGAAAUAUUAAUAUUUAUUAAUCAAAACUGGUUGAGCCUCCAGCUUGGAAAGCUGACAGAAACCACAGUGCUCGAACGAAAGCAGCAUCUCCUCAAUGCUUUAAACAGCUACAAAAGCCGGUUUAUCUGUGGUAAAGAAAUUAAAAAGAAAAAAUGUAUUUUUCGUCUUCGUACUCGAGUACCUCCAGUUCCUCCGAAUAUUAUUUUGCCAGAGAAUAUUGGUCAGUUGACUGAUAGUGCUUCUAACGAGAUCAAGAGAAGAGGAAAGAAUAUGUUGGUGUUUGCACCUAAGUAUGGUCCCCUACCAGAAGUGCCUCAACCUCGCAGGAGGAGGCUGCCGUUGAAGUGGGGCAUGAAGUGCAGGAAGUCAAACUGGUUUCUGCGGGAUGCUGUUCCAGAGAAUGACUUCUCAACUGCUGAAAGUGCCAGCUACCAUUUGGCGAACAUUUUUGACUUUACCGUAGAUGAUAUUCAGAGUUUGAAAAGUGAUCGCUCUGAGGGAACCUUUUACUCUGACCUAGACUCAACGGAUGCUGCAAGUACAUCUGGCUCAGCCUCCACAAGCUUAUCCUGUGACUCUCCAAAGACAAUGGGGAGUCGUAAAAGGAAAGCUCCUUUAGAGUAUUCACUGAACAACAGAAACAAACAGAAGAAAGGCAUCUACAGCCAUCCAGAGAAUGGAGUGGAUCAGACAGAACAACCCAUGGAUAAUAAUUACAUUAAUGGCCACACCUUUGACAGUAUGAGUGAUGAUGAAACCUCCCUUUCCCAUCUUAAAUCCUCAAUUACUAAUUACUUUGGUGCUGCAGGAAGGCUGGCUUGUGGUGAAAAGUUCCAGGUGCUUGCUCGGAGAGUGACUUUGGAUGGAAAAGUGCAGUACCUGGUGGAGUGGGAAGGUGCCACCCCCUACUGAAUUGAAUCACAUUGGGAACUCCAUUUAGACUGCUUAGCAACCAGUGGACCACAGCUGAGCAAGCCUCUAUAAACUGUCUCCUUAAGUUUUUUUUUUAAAAGAAAUUACAAUUAACUACAGCAGAGCUACCUUAGUUUCCAGAAGCAAACAUUCAGUGGAAGAUUCGAGAUCUCAUUAGGUGCCUGUUGUACUAAUAUAUUGUUUUUAAGAAUGGUACAGAUGAGGCUUUCUGCUGCUGUUGGUAAUUAAAUUUUAUGUAGGAAAUAUCUGGUUGAAGAACAUUUCCAGAACAUUCUAGCUAUCCAAUGGUAAAGAAUGAGUGAUGCACUAGUGUUAUCGAGCUGUGCAAAUAAUUUGCAAUCUCUCAAAUCAACAGCAAUGAAACCGUCUGCUUUGUUACAUCAAGAAAGUGGAGUCGAUAUAGAAAUUCAGUCAUGAUCAAUGUAAACAGCGAAACAGACUCGACAGUUGUUUAUUCUACUGCUGCUCCCAUUUCUUAACUUCCAAUAUUUAAAUUGGAUUGUUUUGCUGAUGUUGAUGUCAGUAGCUAAUGGGUUGGUUUGCAGUUCUCAGUCUUAAAAUUGUGAUAUAAAGGAGGUUUUAUGCAUUGGAGUGGACAUUAGGCAAUUCAGUUGCAAGUGACUGAAUUUAAACUGCAACGUUUGAUGUUGCAGUGAAUGGAAAUUUGUGUUGUAUACUGAAAAUGUUUCAAAGUGGGAUUAAGCCUUCGCAAAGUUGAUUUACGUAGGCUCCACUGUACCUACUGCACUCUUAACUCCUUUUUAAUAAUAGAUUUCCAUGCACAGCUCUGCUUUACAACUAUUCUAGCUCAUUAUGUAGCCAGUUGCUAUGUAACUGAUCAAACUACAAGUAGCUUUUAAAAGACUUUUGUAUUUUUCAUAGGCCUCUACUGCUUAAAUCUUCCUAUUAGCCAGCUUUGCUAAAAGUUUUAUUUUUGGCAAAAAGACGACUUUCUUUAUUAGAUUGAAAUAUCUUGCUUCAGCGGAUGAUUUAAUAUUUAGUUGAGUCUUGCUGCUCUAGAGUACCCUAUGCCAGGGUACCAAUAUGUUCCCUGUUGGGACUGGAAUUUCAAAUGAGAAUACAUAGAAUUAUGCUUGUGAGAAUGUGAACGGACAGAUAUUUAAGCUGCUGCUCUUGCUCUGUGGGUCUGUCUUAUUUGUGUAGAAAUCACAUGCCUUGCAGUUUUUACCCUUUUUGAAGAAAAGGCUUGACAAUCCUCUGCCAACAACAGAAUUGUAAAAGGAAACAAAUCUUUUUCUUUUUACGUCCAAGUUUCUGACUGUGACACUGUGUGCAGGUCACACUGUGUUAGAUCAUUUCUUCUGUUGCCCUCCCUUGUUUGGGAAUUUAUUUUGUCACUUCACUUUUAUUCCUUCAAAGGUUAUGUCGCUGGGCACUUUAACUUUUGUGUUGGGUUUUGACAGAUUUUGAGGGGCCAAGUCCAACUCUCCCAUCGUUACCAAGUGUCCUGCACACUACCAUUUGAUAUGCUGAAAAGAAAGUGAAGUCAUGUCACAGUACUUCGAAUACUUCAGCUUAAAAACAACAGUACAUUCUGACUAAAACAAAAAUCUGGGGUAGAGUGGGGAACCAUUUUAACAAAUCCAUUGUUUGGGGAACUGACAGGACUGUCAGUGAUGUUCCUUUUAUCCAAGUGAGUUUAAGCAGUUUCAGAGUCAGAGAGAUGUACAGCAUGGAAACAGACCCUUCAGUCCAAAUUAUCCAUGCCAACCAGAUAUCCUAAAUAAAUCCAGUCCCAUUUGCUGGCAUUUGUGCCAUAUCCUCUAAAUCUUCCGAUUUAUAUACCAAUCCACGUGCCUCUUAAAUGUUGUAAUUGUAUUAUCAUCCACCACUUCCUCUGGCAGUUCAUUCCAUACAUGCACCUCCCUCUGCGUGAAAGAGUGGUCCCUUUGGUCACUUAUUUAUCUUUCCCCUCUCAUCUUAAACCUAUGCCCUCUAGUUUUGGACUCCCCUAACCUAGGGAAAAGACCAUGAUUUUAUGAAUUUCUUUCAACCACAGGGGACAAAGUUUGUAGUAGAGCAAAGUUUUACAGAGUCUUUGAGGCAGGAUUGCUGGCAAAAAGAGGUCAUUUAGUGGUGUGCCCCCUGACUUCUUUCUGUAUUGCCACUUUGCCAGCCAUGGGAAGGAGAGCUCACUUGCACAGAGUGCAAUGAACCAUCUAAGUAGUUGAAUUAACAGCCUGGAGCUGUCUCUGUUUGCAUUUUACCAGUGCUGCAGAGUGUCCUAUGUGAACAGGUUGACAGCUAAGUAAAAAGUGCUGUCCUCCUGGGGCGGGAAAGCUCUCUCAGUCCAGGGGGUGAUAAUAUACUGCAGCCCCUGUGAUGCUCAGUGUGCACAGAAAGCUUGAAGUGUAUGAGUAGAUACUGCACACUUCUUUCUCAUGGAUAUCUGGACAUGGAGAGGCAGGUAGUCAUCUCUAAUGAUCUCCACCGUGGCUUGGCCAGACCCACCUGUAGAGUUCUGUUGAGCUCCUCUGAUCUGCCUACCUCUCCCCUCUUGGUAAUAUCCUCCCACACCACUGGUCAACGAUCAUGGGUGUGUGGUGCAGCUCUGUCAAAUGCACCACUUUUUAUAGAACAGCAGAGGAGUAAAUCGCACACCCCUACCCCAAACCUGCUACCACAACCCACCGGGCCCCUGUUCUGUCUCUGAUAGCAGAACCCCUGCCUAGUCCAAAUGUCCCAGCCAUUGAUCUCAGCAUGUACCUCAGCUGGAGUGUACGCUUUCUAGCAGGAAUCACAGGAUUGUGAUCAGGAGCAAGAUCAGAUUAGUUUGCUUUAAUUUUGACCCUUGAACUAGACCUGGAAUCUCCCAAAACCAAAUGUAAUAUGUCUCACAGCCAACUUCGGCUGAGAUCCCCACAGAAGCAAGGAUCAAAUUAGGGACAUCCCUCUUCUGGCUGAGUCAGCUCCACACUAUCUAUGCACUAACUAACAGAGCAAUCAUGGGAUCUGAUACUGCUUCAAUAAUCCCCUUCUGCAGAUAGUUGCAGAAAGAAAGGGUGUGCACUUUGAAAGCUGCAGAAGUUCUGCUUGAUCUCAGUUGAGCUUUAAUGUCUUUGAAUGUACCAACCUGUGUUGCAAAUGAAAUUCUUGGAUAUUUUAGUUAUUAUUGAUAAUCAAAGUGUAUGAUAAUAUAUAUGGUUAACUGUUGCUAAAGAUAUUAUGGUCCCAUGUAGCUUAAAAUUAAAAUGAUUUUAUGAACUCUUUUAGGUAAGUUUGAAAUCAAACUAGUAUAUUUUAACUAGAUUAAAAAUGUCAGUGAAUUGUCAUUUCCUGUCAAUGAAUACAGAUGUAUUUUAAUUGUGAGAAAUGUAGUUAUUUCUCUGAAUUGAUCUGAGUGGGACUGAAAUUGGAAUUAGUGGUUGUUUACUCAAAUCCAGUUUAAGAGAAUUGGCAGCUUGAUUGAGUCAAAAAAUGCUGUUCUUGAAAAUAUCUUGCCUUAAGUGUCUGAUGGAGACAGAUCACGUUCUAAAUAUUGACUGUGGCCAAAACAAAACAUUGUGUGGCUGUUUCAUGUGUGCAGUUUGGAGGUUAAUUUGACUGUGAUUUUAGAUUCCAAAAAAUAAGCCUUGCUAGUCAAAGACUUGGUGUUUUUUGUGGCGAUAUUUUCCAAUUGACAAAAGAUGUUAUAAAAUUACCAAUAAAUUCUGUAGAAAUGAGGGAGACAAAGAAACAGGAGCUAGUAAAACAGCUGAUUGAGCUACACACCCUGAUACACUUCUAAUAAGUGGGAUGUGAUUUGGUCUGUUUUCUAUCCCCAGUUUUGGAUUAUGACCCAGUAGCAAUGGACAUGAAAGGAAUGUCUAUCUGUUGAAGACCAGUAGGAAUCUUUACCUUUGAGCCUGCACACAGGAGGAGGAAAUUGGAACUUAUUUUGCCUGUUUGUGGAUAUAAUUCACCUAAAAAUUGUCAAGUUUAUGGAUCAAUGUCUUACUCUGCCAAAAUGUCUGAUAAACCUGAUCCAGAAUUGGUGCCAGUUUGGAUGUGGGCUGGCAACAUGCUGCUAGAUAUGUGCUCAAAGAUGGGCUGAAACCAGUUCAGCAUCCCAGGCACUGUAUUUCUGAACCCAGCCACUUUUCAGAUCAGCAAAGUUUGGAGCUGGAUGAACACAGCAGGCCAAGCAGCAU